GUGUUGAGGAAUUCCAGGCGGACACUGUCUUUCUCUGUCUCUGGGCCGUUUGAAGGGGAUGUCCACCGCGCGCUCUGGUUAAAGGGGACAGUUUCCAUCCAGAACAUUCCUACCCCCCAGGGCCUAAAUUCUGGUAAAGGCAGACUUAAAUUAAAAUGGCUGAACAAAGACAACGUGCACUUUCUACAUCUGGGGAAGCACUUUAUCAAAUUCUAGGCCUCGAGAAAGGAGCUUCGCAUGAAGAGAUAAAAAAAUCUUAUAGAAAGCUUGCUUUGAAACACCAUCCAGACAAAAAUCUUGAUAAUCCAGAUGCGAGUGAUAAAUUCAAAGAGAUCAACAAUGCUCAUUCAAUACUGUCAGAUAUAACCAAACGAAACAUUUAUGAUAAAUACGGUUCACUGGGACUGUACAUCGCUGAACAAUUUGGUGAAGAGAAUGUGAACACAUACUUCAUGUUGUCUAGCUGGUGGGCAAAGGGCCUUUUUGUGUUCUGUGGGUUGAUCACUGGCUGCUACUUCUGCUGCUGCCUCUGUUGCUGCUGUAACUGUUGCUUUGGUAAAUGCAAGCCCAAGUCCCCAGAGGGUGAAGAAUAUGAGUACUAUGUCUCACCAGAGGACCUGGAGGAACAAAUCCGCACAGACAUGGAGAAUGAUGGGGAGAUUCCAGUUGUGCUGCAGCCUACAAAUGCAAAUGAGAAAACUCAGCUCAUUGGCGAUGGCCGACGUAGCUACAACACAGAUGGGUAGAAUUUAAGAGAACAACAAGUUGUGCUGAAAUUCUCAGCAACUGUUACGAUGUGGACAUGCCAUGGAACGUGGUUGUAUUUUCUGUUUGGUAAAUAACAUUAUCAGCUAUGGUCUUGAUAUUACACAAACAACCACCAUCACUAGUUACCACAGUGGUAAAAAGCAAUUUGAAAACCCUAUCUUCAAGCAAAGCCCAGUAUUGUUGUAAAAGCUUUAAAUUAUAUUCAUUUUUUUUCUCAGUUUACUUUAUAACAUCAUCUGGAAUCAAACACUUCAUUAUUUGAAAAACUGCUGAUUCUCUUUAAUAUGUUUUCUCCGUCAAAUAUGUCAUAUUUUGUAUACCAUGUAACCAGAUUUCACCUUGGAUAAGCAGAUGUAUUUUAUUCAAUAAACUCCAUCUAACAUACGAGGGUGGAGAUGAAAAUUAACUCUCAUUUCCACUUUACUAGCAAUUCAUUGCCUCAACAAUAAAAAAAUUAGAAAUAAUAUUUUACUACAAAAUUUUGCAGUAAUUCUGAUACUUGCUCCUGAAUUGUUUGUGGUUGGAAUAUUUUCAUGGCACCUCUGAAAGUAAUAGACUCACUGAUCUCGUAACCACUGUGACAAAGUCUGGGUGACAGCAAGGAGUAAGGCAAGGACUUUUAUCAGUUAUAGCUUAGAAACUCUUUGUGGAGUACAAGUGAACUGUGCUAGAGAUUUUAGCAAAGUGUCUUAGGUCAAAAAAAUCAUUAAAAGUACUUGAAUAGAUACUGUAUGAGAAUUAGACAAUAGACAAUAGGUGCAGGAGUAGGCCAUUCUGCCCUUCGAGCCUGCACCACCAU